UCGAUAUCUGAUCAAGCGAAAAACACCUAUUCUAUUUCCGAAAAGUCCCGAAGUUCGUCAGGUUGGCACCAAGGACUUGGGACAGUCGGUAAUGGAAAAUAGCUCCAAACGAAAACAACAUCGAGGCUCGUGCUACUCCUUUACUUCCAUUUUCACCGGCGCCACGCUGGUGUCCACCGUGGCGGCGACGGCAUGCCUGUCCAUCGCGCUCCUCACAAAUCACUGGGAGACCGUGACUUUCGUACGGGAUCAGGUAGAACGUGUCGCUAAUAGCAGUCAACAUAGUUUAAGAUGGGUGAGCAAACGACUGGCCCGCGUCGACACGUCCGAAGAUGGCGUCUCUAAAAUCGUUAAAGGGGUCUCCUCCUCGGUCUACAGUCAACAAAAGAUGAACAAUAGUACCGGUGAUCUGAUCUUUCUCAUCACUCUUUACGGCGGGGUGAAUGCCAUAUGUACUGACAUAAGUGAUGAGGAACGAUCUAAGCUGUUAACAGAUGAAUUUUCGCCUCCUGUCUGCUUGUCUUAUCUAACACCAGAGGGUUUGGUAUUCAGAAAUGCGUGGUUGGUUCGCAUGCAUAACCUAGCUAUGUCCUGCGCUAUGGUCAGUCUAAUUUUGUUAGCGACUUGUGCCCUGGUAGGAGCGUUUGGCCUCAUGAAAAGACAGUUGUCUGCUAUAAUGGUCACCGGUGUAAUGUUUUUCCUUGCCGCUCUAUUUGGGUUAUUUACGCUUGCUUUCAUGUACUUCAAAAGAGUGAAACCCGAGGGCGUUCACACCAGCACCGUUAUUGAUAAAGGAAUACCUGUCGAAUAUCUGAGAGCAAGAGAGUUUACAAUGGGAUGGUCUGCGUUGUUAGGGUUGGGUGGUGUAAUAUUGUGCUCCAUUUCCAGCAUUUUCUGGCUUCUUCUAGCUCGAGUGUUGAGGUAUCAGUCUUUUACCAUAACAUAACAGCAGAGGCGACAUCUUUUGGUCUGAAAUCAAAGGAGAAGAAUUAAUCCAUUAUAAAUAUUCACUUAUUAUGUAUAUUUUCUUGUUUAAAAUUACUGUUUGUAAUUGUUUUAACCUGUUGAAUUUAUUGUUUUCUAAU